AAGAGCGGGCUUCAUAUUUCAGAAACCCUAGCUCCUUCCUUCCAGAAAUCCUUCUCCUUCUCUUGAAUUCCCAACCCACGUACGUAUCUCCCUUCACCGUCAAUUUGGUGGGCCGUUCCUUUGAUUGGUGACAGUUCAAGAAAGCAAAAAGGUGAAUUUCUAAACACCACCUGUAAGUGACUCUGCUUCCUCUCUUCGAGCUUGGAACCCAUGGCCAGACACGCGGGGCGGAGUGAUGAAGAAGAAGAAGAAGAUAAUGACUACAGAAGAGAGAGAGAUGGGAGAUCUAAAGAAGAUUCCAGGAAAGAUAGGAAGAGACAUGACAGAAGAUCGAAAGAAGAAGACGCUGAUGGACGGAGAGAUAGGACGAGAGCCAAAAAAAGGGAUUCUCCUGACCAUCAGGAUGACGAGAAUCGUUACCAUCGAAAUUCGCGGAGUGAUGAAGAAGAAGAAGAAGAUAAUGACUACAGAAGAGAGAGGGAUGGGAGAUCUAAAGAAGAUUCCAGGAAAGAUAGGGAAAGGCAUGACAGAAGAUCGAAAGAAGGCGCUGAUGGACGGAGAGAUAGGACGAGAGCUGAAAAAAGGGAUUCUCCUGACCAUCGAGAUGAUGAGAAUCGUCACCGUCGAAAUUCCUCUGAAGAUGAUCGAGAAAGAGAACGGAGGUUGAAGGAUCGACAUCGCCGCGACGAUCGCGAUAGGGGGAAAGACGAGCUACGGCAUGGAAAGAAUCGGAGGAAAGAAGAGCAGCGGCAUGAGGGGCACGCUGAUGAGUACAGAGAUGAGCAGCACCGAGAAGGUGAGGGUGCUGACCGCCGUCCUGAUAGAGAGCAGCAAGUGAGGAAGGAUGACGGAACAGUGUUUGCAGAUGCAAAAGCUGGAAGGAGUGGAGGAAUAUACAUCCCGCCGUUUAAGCUUGCACAGAUGAUGAAGGAUGUUGAAGAUAAGAGCAGUGUGGAGUACCAGCGGCUGACGUGGGAUGCUCUCCGUAAGAGCAUAAAUGGGCUUGUGAACAAGGUGAAUGCCACAAAUAUAAAGAACAUCAUCCCAGAGCUCUUUGCAGAGAAUCUCAUCCGGGGUCGGGGCCUCUUCUGCCGGUCAUGCAUGAAGUCACAGAUGGCGUCCCCAGGAUUCACCGAUGUAUUUGCAGCAUUGGUUGCCAUUGUCAACACCAAGUUUCCCGAAGUGGGGAAUCUUCUUUUAAGAAGGAUUAUCUUGCAACUCAAGAGGGCUUACAAGCGGAACGACAAGCCUCAGUUACUUGCCGCGACUAAAUUCAUUGCACACCUUGUUAAUCAACAAGUUGCCCACGAGAUUAUUGCAUUGGAGCUACUCACGGUGUUGUUGGAAAAUCUGACUGACGAUAGCGUCGAGGUGGCUGUUGGGUUUGUCACAGAGUGCGGAUCGUUACUUCAAGACCUUUCACCCCAAGGCCUCCAUGGUAUUUUCGAGCGCUUCCGUGGAAUACUUCAUGAAGGUGCAAUAGACAAACGUGUUCAGUUCUUGAUUGAAGGCCUUUUUGCCAUAAGGAAAGCCAAAUUUCAGGGGUACCCAGCUGUUCGGGCUGAACUGGACCUUGUGGAGCAAGAAGAACAGUUUACACACGAGCUGUCCUUUGAAGACGAGAUAGAUCAAGAGAUUGGCCUAGAUAUUUUUAAGCCUGACCCACAAUUUUUGGAGCAUGAGAAGGCGUAUGAGAAUCUGAAGAAAGAUAUCCUUGGGGAUGAAUCUUCCGAGGAUGAAGCAGGCUCUAUUGCAGAAAGUGACGAAGAGGAUGAUGAAGAAUCUGAAGAAGAGGAAGAGGAAAGUAUGAAGAUAAAGGAUGAGACAGAGACAAAUCUUGUGAAUCUACGGAGGACAAUAUAUCUCACUAUCAUGUCUAGUGUUGACUUCGAGGAGGCUGGUCACAAACUAUUGAAAAUAAAACUUGAACCUGGUCAAGAGAUGGAAUUAUGCAUAAUGCUUCUUGAGUGCUGCAGCCAGGAGAGAACUUACCUUCGUUAUUAUGGUCUUUUGGGGCAACGAUUUUGCAUGAUAAAUAAAGUUUAUCAGGAAAAUUUUGACAAAUGUUUUGUCCAGCAAUAUUCAAUGAUUCAUCGACUCGAAACAAAUAAGUUACGUAAUGUUGCCAAGUUCUUUGCUCAUUUACUCGGUACAAGUGCAUUACCUUGGCAUGUUCUAGCUUAUAUACGCUUGACGGAGGAAGACACAACCUCAUCUUCCCGUAUCUUCAUAAAAAUUCUUUUUCAGGAAUUAUCCGAGCACCUGGGCAUUCGUUUGUUAAACGAACGGCUGAAUGAUCCGACAAUGCAGGACUCGUUCGAAUCGAUAUUUCCCAAGGAUAAUCCAAAAAACACUCGAUUCUCCAUCAAUUUCUUUACAUCCAUUGGGCUCGGGGGCAUCACAGAGAGCUUACGUGAGUACUUGAAAAAUAUGCCCCGGCUUAUAAUGCAGCAGAAGCCGGUCUCGGAAUCAGAGGAUGAGUCUGAAUCCAGUUCUGGCAGCUCUAGUUCUGAGUCGGAGUCUGAUUCUGAUAAAAGUGAGAAGAAAGGAAGACAUCAAAAGAGGAGGAAGAGAGGGUAAUGGCAAAGUUACCUUUGCAAAAUAUGUGCACCGGGAAUUUUGAAGUUUAUCCUUUUAUAUGAUGAUUUCACUUUUGUACAUUUCUCCUUUUAUAUGCUGAUUUCACUUUUGUGAUUUGGUGAAAUAUAUUUAUACGUGGUUGAUUUC